GACAGGAAGUCUCAGAGGCUGGAGAGCAAAGCAGCAAGAUCAUUCUGGCAGGAACAGCCAGUGGGAAGCUCUGGCUGAGAGCUUCCCGGAGGUGACCUGGCCCACCAGCCACAGCACACAGGCUUGGGCUGCAAAGAAAGCAUCAUCAGCAUCAUGUUAUCACAGUCCAAGACCAAGGACACCUUUGAGUCCUUCUCUCCAAAGGACCCCGAUACCCCCACAAAAGAAGAUAAACUGCAGAAUGAUCUCCAAACAGAAGCCACAGUCCUUGGAAGUAUCCAGAUCCUGUGUUGCCUGCUGAUUUUAAGUUUGGGGGCCAUUUUGGCUUCUUCUCCCUACUCUUCCCACCUCAAGCCAGCAGUUUCCACCAUGUCGACGGUCUGGUACCCGCUUUUAGGAGCUCUGUGUUUUGCCAUUGCCGGAUUCCUCUCUAUUGUCUCUGGGAAGAAAUCAACUAAGUCCUUUGCCCUGAGCAGCCUGAUGUCCAAUGCAGUGAGUUCUGUUGUCGCUGUAAUAGGCCUCAUCCUCCUUGCUGACAGCCUGGUAGUCCUGAGGAGUUCCUCUCUGAUAUGUGGCUCACAAUGGGAGCUUCUAUCCUCAUUGCCUAAUUUGGAGUACUAUUAUUCAACAUAUGAAGUUGAGGACUGUGUCCUGGAUGCUGUCAGUCUAACAGGUGUGCUGGUGGUGAUGCUUAUUGUCACUGUGCUGGAGCUCUUGCUAGCUGUAUACUCUUUUAUCUUUUGGUGGAAAGAAGGCUACUCCAACAACCCUGGGAGUUCAUUGUCUUUUCUUCAGUCACAAGAUAGUAUCAAUGUGUCAAAGACUUCUUCAAGAUCAUGGAUAUGAGAACCCUCCACCUUAGAGAAAAAAAGAAGGAGAAACCCAGUGCUCAUGACAAUGUGUGAUUAGACUUUCCUGAACAUUCAGCUAUUUUAGACUCUUGGAGAAACUUUAAAAAAAAUAGCUACUGUUUCGUUGUUUGUCAGUGUGAGUAAUUUUAUUGCUCUUGAAAAUAAUUUUCCAAAAACCCAGGUCAGUAAAAUUUUAUUAGUCUGUCUUCCAAAAUGGCCAUAAAAUCAAAAAGCUUCUUUGGGUAAACUGAACAGGAACUAAUUUUCUAUCAUAAGAAGAGAAAAUCUGCCUUCUUGUGCCAGUGUGAAUUGGCUAAGUUAUGUGGCUGUGCAGGCUCUGUUUCUGUGUUAUUUUCACAUGCAUAUUACUUAAAUAAUAGAUAUUGAGAUUGCAGGAAAAUUUUAAUUAAAAAUACUUAAAAAUAUAUGGCUUAAUUUCUGUUAAUUGAAUGAGUUAAAUUUCUGUCAAUUAAAUAUAAUA